UUUGUUUCCUCCGGCGUUGCACAACAAACACUCCAAUUUCAUUCUCUCUCUCAACCGUUUCCUGUUUCUCUCUCUCUCUCUCUGUAUGUAUCCACGCCUCGGAAAACGACAGCCGGCCAUGAUUCGCCUUUCGUCGGCAUCUCCAUCCACCGGCGCCGAUAAAAUGCAGCUCGUUAAGUUUUAAAGCUCUGGAGAGUUCAUUUUCGGAUAUAUAGAUAUAUUUUAGGCGAACGACUGUGACGAAUUUGAGUACCGAUAACGAUGUUGGACCUCAAUCUCUGUGCCGUUCCGGCCGAUUCCGUCUCCGAUCUCAUUGAGGAGAAGUUUGUGGAGCUCUCUGGCGGGCAAAUGGAUGAUUCCGGGACCUCCAAUUCCUCUAUCGUCAAUGUGGAAAGCUCGAGCGUCGCGGGAGACGAAGAAUCGUGCUCCACUCACGGCAGUGCACUCGCUUACAGCUUUGGUAUAUUGAAAACCGGUGAGUGCGAGGAAGACACUGGAAGUAGGUCGGGUUUCGUAACGAGGCAGCUUUUUCCGGCGAGUGGCGGAGAGUGGUUGGAUCUUUCGUUUAAGGCGGACGGUCCCAGUGGUCCAACGGAGGAGAGGGGGUCGGUGCACCAGCAACGCCACAAGGUGAAGAAGAGCAGGAGGGGGCCGCAGUCUCGGAGCUCACAGUAUCGGGGAGUUACGUUUUACCGGAGAACUGGUCGAUGGGAAUCACAUAUCUGGGACUGCGGGAAACAAGUUUAUUUGGGGGGAUUUGACACUGCACAUGCUGCAGCUAGGGCAUACGACCGAGCUGCUAUUAAGUUCCGUGGACCAGAUGCAGACAUCAAUUUCAACAUCAGUGAUUAUGCUGAAGAUCUUAAGCAGAUGAAGAACUUGACAAAGGAAGAAUUUGUGCAUAUACUUCGUCGGCAAAGUACCGGAUUCUCUAGGGGAAGUUCAAAAUACAGGGGAGUUACACUGCACAAAUGUGGAAGAUGGGAAGCUAGAAUGGGACAGUUUCUUGGCAAGAAGUACAUCUAUCUUGGGCUAUUUGACAGUGAGAUAGAAGCUGCAAGGGCAUAUGACAAGGCUGCAAUAAAAUGCAAUGGAAGGGAAGCUGUCACCAACUUUGACCCAAGCAUAUAUGAAGAGGAAUUGAGUUCUGAAGCUGAAAAUGGAGGAACUGCCCAUAAUCUAGAUCUGAAUUUGGGUAUUGCUCCCCCUUAUUUUGUUGAUGGCCAGAAGGAGACUGUGAGCAGCAGUUUCAAUUACCAUUGCAACUUAAAUGACAUGUCUGAUGGUAGAAUGGCUCACAACUCUACUUUUGCAACUCAAUUACCACAUGGCCAAAUAAUAGUGUCGCAGCACCCUCCUCCCUGGAGUGGUGUAGGUUUCAAUUACUUUCCCACGUAUGAGGGAAGAGCAAUAGAGAAGAGCAUGGAACUUGAUUCUUCGCAAAGCUGGGCAUGGCAAAUUCAAGGCCCUUUUGCUGGAGGUGCCCCGGUGCCACUCUUCUCUACUGCAGCAUCAUCAGGAUUCGCUACUUCAACUGUCGCUGCUUCAUUAGCUGCCGUUCAUCCGCCUCCCUUUCCAAACACAUCAGUCUCCCACCUCGGCUACCCUCCAUCAACUGCCAACCCACCCAACGUAUCUCAGUACUACUGCAGGAGCUGAAAUCACUUGCAGGUAGAACAAAACAUGAAUACAAUUUGGAAGCUUCUUGUAUAGGCAGAAAGGUACCUGAAAAAAAGGAAGCCAAACUGGAUUGCUACUGAAUUUUGAUUAUCUAGUGCAUAUACUGCAUUAGGUGCUAGCAUUGAUCAUCUGCCACCAAACUCUGCUACUUUUGCUUAUCUUUUGUGAUAAAUUGGUUCUUGAAUGCGUACUAGCUC